UGUCUCUCUCUCUCGCUCCCUCGCUUUCUCUCUUCGCCUCCAUGGCGAGACGUAAACAUAUUGCCACGAAGUCCGUAGGCACACGAAAAUCUGGACGAUCAUCAGGAAGAGCUAGAGCAACUUCGGCAUCUCCUGGCCUGAGUUCGGCUUCUGGUCCACGCGCUAGAGGAAAUGCAGCCGACGCACCGGAAAGCUCAGCAGCAAGACAGAAGCAGCGUAAGCCUUACCGCCACCGCCCAGGAAUGGUGGCUCUUCGGGAGAUUCGCCAGUUCCAGAAAACGUAUAAACUGCUGAUACCGGCGGCACCUUUCAUUAGAACUGUAAGGGAGAUUAGUUACUUCUAUGCCCCAAGGGUAACUCGUUGGGCUGCUGAAGCUUUGGUAGCUCUUCAAGAGGCAGCAGAAGAUUAUUUGGUUCAUCUGUGUGAAGAUGCAAUGCUUUGUGCUAUUCAUGCGAAGCGUGUUACUCUUAUGCAAAAGGAUUGGGCACUAGCACGACGGCUGGGAGGGAAAGGUAGGCCUCGGUGAGAUGGGGUGCAGCACUUAUUGGUAUCACAAAUUCACAACUUGUGGAUG